AUGUCUGAGGCCAGCGAAGCCAAAAUGGAAAGAGACGGCCAGUACGACGGGCCGUUGAUGGGGGGCGAGGUGCCAGCGAACCCCGAGCGCGACGACGACGACGACGACGACCAGCCGGGGUCGGGCAAGCAGCAGAAGGAGCGGCGCAAGAUCGAGAUCAAGUUCAUCCAGGACAAGCUGAGACGCCACAUCACGUUCCUGAAACGUAAGGCGGGGAUCAUGAAGAAGGCGUACGAGUUGCUGGUGCUCACGGGGACCCAGGUGUUGUUGCUCGUGGUGCUGGAGACGGGGUUAGUGUACACGUUCACCACGCCCAAGCUCCAGCCGUUGGUGACGAAGCUGGAAGGGAAAAACUUGAUCCAAGCGUGUCUUAAUGCCCCCGAGGAAGGGUUGGGCGACAACGACGGCGACGCCCUGGAUGGCAACUCGCAGGAACUGCCCGACCACCUGCCGGCGCCGCCGCCCCAGCCACAGCAGCAGCAGGGGAUGCCGAUGCAGCAGCCCCCGCAGGGCGGCCAGGGCCAGCAGAUGCCGGGCGGCCAGAUGGCGCCGGGGCCCAUGCCCCACGGGAUUCCCUACCCGGGGGCAGGCCACCCGCAGCCGGGAAUCCACAUGCCCCCGAACUACGGCGACCAGUACCAGCAGCAGUACAUGGCAAACUUCCAGAACGGCAACAUGCCCAACCAACAGCAGUACCAGUGA